AUGCUAAACUCAGGCAAUGACUCUGAGCAAUGCCAAUUGACCUUCACGAUACAUUUAUCUGCGAGACGUACCGUCAUUGGACCCAGAGGGAAGACAAUAAAGGGUAUUUCAAAACAAAAUGAUGUGAAUAUCCAGGUUAUAAGGAAAUUUAGACGCUGGCCACGCAAGCACGAAGACAGUGAAAGUAAGUCAUACCACAAGUUCGUUUAUUUUGGAUUGCCAACCAACUAUGGAGCUUAUUGCAUCGAUGUGGAUGUCAUAAUCAAAGGAACAGGGAGUGGUUGCGAAAAGGCAAAGGUAGAAGUGCUCAAACUCGCAGAGGAGGGGUCUUCCAAUGUUUUUGUUGCAAAGCACAAAUUAGACGAAGACAGAGCAAUGUUCAUAAUUGAGAAGACAGAACUGCUUCAGGCAAAAUAUCCCAAUCUCCUUAUUCAAGCCAGUGUAAGCCUGGAUGGAAAAUUACGCCUGGAUGGAUUAUCAAGCCUGGAUGGAGAAUUUGUCUAUAUAAAAGGCACCAAGCUGAAAGUGCUAGAAGCCACAGAAGACUUAAAACGGAUCCAGGCCAGAAUUGUGGAAGAAACAACCGUGUUGGAGGUAAAGGCUCCUAAGGACACUCUGUAUAUGAAUUGUCUAGACGCAAACCUAUCGCCUUAUUAUGGAGAAGUUUCUGUGAGGCCAAACGAGCACGAUAUCACCAUUUGCGGGAUUUUGGAAAAAGCUAAAGAGGCUGAAGCGGCACUCUCAGAAGCUGCUUCAAGAUAUACCACUGAGGUUAUCAAAGUCCCCGAAUUCAUUCCCGGAAACGCAUCUCAUACCAGACCAAUACUAAAUCUCCUUUGGAGUCAAGUGUUGAAACCCAAAUAUUGGGGCAAAGUGGCAGUGGCUUUUGACGAGCCGUACCUUGAAAUCAGAGGCAAGAAGGAAACCGUGGAAACUUUCAAGCAGCUUGCGAUGUCGACGUUUGAGAAAACCACACCGCAGAUUGUGACAAUUGUACCAGGAGAUUACCGUAGAAUCCGGCGUUACGACAAAACAUACAAGCUUGGCGACCUUGCCGAAGCGAAUGACAUAUUAUACCGUUUUGAUCGAGAGAACGCCUACCUUAUAGAUGCAUCUAUUAAAACAGGUGAAGAGAAGGAAGGAUUUGAGUCUCGUCUGGAUGCAUUUAGGAGCCACAUAAUUGGGUGGACGGAGUUUCUCGAGUCCAUGGAAACCGUAACCGUGGAUGUUGGUCAACUUCAGCAGUAUAUGUUUGGCAUGAUCGGAGGCUCUGGUAAAUCGUCCAUUUUUCUUGAUUUCUUGAAGGGACGCCCUGGUGAACUUGUACUUGUUGGAUGGCAUAAAAUUACGCUCGAAGGCCCUCCUGAUGCUGUUCAAGGCGCCAAGGACGCUAUGGAGAAGAUGGUGGAGGAUGUUGAAAAUGGCACUUUUACAGCUCACGAGCGCACGGUUAUGGUACCUUCAAAACUUCUUACAGCUCUUAUUGGAAAGAAUCGAGAAACCUGGCGAGGAACGAGGAUUGGAACCCGUGUACAUUUAAGGAUAUUAGAUCAGGGGAAAGGGACAAGAUCUCAGGAAUUAGUGGACGAAGAUUCCGAAACUCCCAUUGUGAUCAGUGGAAUCAAGUACGACGUGAACAAUGCUGUGAGUCGGAUUCUCGACAGUGUCGAGGAACUCAGUGAUAAGAAAGUUGUCAGGAUAAAAAUUGGUGCCAUUUAUCAUAGAAGAAUAGUCGGGAGAAACUAUUCCCACAGAAACAAGAUCGAAAAAGAGUGCAGAGUGGACAUACGAUUUCCAAGAAACGAUCUAAGGUACCCCUGUCCGAAGCACGAGGACGAGAUAGUUGUUCAUGGGAAAUCGGCUGAUGUGGUUGAAGCCGAGAAACGUAUUCUCGGGAUUUAUCAAUCUGAGAAGAACGGUGCCACAGAAAAGACAAUUGAUGUUCCACUUUCGGCAUUGAAAAGAGUUCGCCAGUACCUAGGCGACCGUUUAUGGGACAGAAGCGACAAAUUGAACUAUAAAGGCAUCCAGUUGCUUGACGAAUUCCCGUGUGCUGGUGUGGAUUAUAGUAUCAUGGAGGAAGAAGAAAGCGCCAGAGUUACCGUAUAUGGCACGGAAAAGGCUCUCGCCGGGAUCCCCAAAGACUUUAAAGAGCCCCGGAAUACGAACUUCACCGCCACAGUUCCCGCUCCAAGGGAAUUUCUUGAUUACUGUGAAGGUAAUGUGUGGGACACCAUUCUAUUUGAUGCUGGAGUGGAUGAUCUUUCUGAUGAGCAGAAAUCGACUUUGAUUCAAGCGUCUGAGAUAGAAUGUGAAGUGAAGUGCACUGGUGAUGAGAGACUUGUGGAGAUAAUUUACUCAACCAACGGAAAUCUUUAUCUCAUUGACGAGCCGUUAAUCACAGGAAAAUCGGAGAACAAAUACAGUUUGAAGAACGGAUUGGCUGCGGUUGAAAGAGUGAUAUCUGAAUGGAGACAGCAUGCCACCAAAUGGAAAAGAAUCGUUUUGGAUAUUACACCAGAGGAACGAAGAUUUUUGAUUGGACCAGGAGGAACAACGAGAAACUGCCUUAUGGAGUUAUUUGACGGAGUUGUGGGUCUGGUUCAAUUGGAAUCGUCAGAUGAUACAAAAGAGUAUUUUAUCGAGGGACCUACUGAAACAGUCCACAAAGUCAAGGAUGCAGUUGAUGAACUUCUCUUUGAGGUAGCUGAAACUGGUGACUACAAGUUCUACGAAACCAGGAUUACUGUACCCAGCCGAGUGGUUUCUGGACUUAUUGGGUGCAAUCGUCGUCUUUGGAGAGAACUAAAAUCAAUGUACUGCGUUGAUUUGAGAAUUCUUGAUCACGGAAAGGGGACCAGGGGUCGUCUUACGGCCGAUAAGAAAGCAGAAACAACCAUUGUGAUUUCCGGAAUAAAACUACACGUGGAAUUGGCCAAAAAGCGUAUCAUGGAAAAAUCGGACUCGUUGCAACACGAGAGAAUCGCUAGGGCAAAGAUCGACUCCUCCUACCAUAGAAGGAUAGCUGGAGCGGACUAUCUAAACCGAAACAUGAUCGAGAUAGAGUGCAAUGUGGAGAUCCGUUUUCCCAGGAACUGCCUCAAAUACCCGUAUCCUAGGAAUGAGGACGAGAUUGUCGUUCAAGGAAAGGCUGGUGAUGUCCUGAAAGCUGAGGAAAUGCUUCUUGCUCUUUAUCAGCUGGAAGAAGAGGGCGCUUUGGAAAAAGAGGUAGAGAUUCCAAAAUGUGCAAGAGAGGCUGUUUGUGAAGAUCUAGGGCAGAUGUUGUGGGAUCGAAGCGACCAGUUUGUGGGUGGAAGAGUGUAUGGCCAGGACGACUUUCCGUGUCUUGGGGUGGACUAUUCAAUAAAGGAGAGGGAGAAAAGUAUUAUUGUCACUUUGUUUGGAACGAAACAGGCCAUUGAACAUGGAGCAAAGGAGCUUGAGAAGCUUUUGCACAAUUUCCAUGUUGUCGAGGUCAGUGUUCCACAGAAGUUUCACCACUUUUUGGACCGCUACGACAACGAAAGCCGCUGGUUUGGCAUAGUUUCGAAAGCUGGUGGCUUUAUGCUUCCCAGGAAGCAAGCAGAACGAUUAAUGCAGAAUCCUGAGAAUGGGGAUAUUGUCAGAUGCUGUGGAAACAGGGAGAUUGUGGAAAAGGUAGUAGAAGGCAUCGAGGCUCUUGUUAAGGAAGUGGGUGAAGAAGGCAGAUGA